AUGACGAUCCUGACUUGUGCACGCCUCACUCAAAGACUUGCAUCUCGAGCCCGGUUCAGCACAGCUCACCACACAGCUCCUCUGGACAUCUGCAUCUACCCUGAAGUUCAAGAAGCAUUGUCCACACACAAGCUAGUAGUAGCCCUCAAGACCACCCUCAUUGGCACGAGGAUGGAUGGAGGAAUGACUUGCAGUGCUACACUGAUAUUCGCUGCCUUGGCUAGUAUCAAGAUCUUCAUCUUCCUCCCUCUCACACUAGCCACACUAUCCAAACCCGCAUUCCUCCUGCUCUCCCUCCUCCUCACCAUACACACUGCCAUCCAUGGCACCAUGAUCCUCUUCUGGGGUUCCCCUGUGCUAUCGCUCCUUCAAGUCCUGAUGCCCCCUUCCUCCUCCUCAUCUGCUUCAACGCAUUCUCCACCUCCAUCCACCCAUGGCUCGGCCCUGCCACCUCCGUAUGGGUUUGGUGGUGGUCCAGAAGCUGGGGUAGCAGGGGAAGAGUGCUUGGUGGAUUGCGUACCCUGCAGCUGCAUCUUCCCCGCUGUCCUCGACAUUUCUCGGAGUUGCGAUUACCGCAUUGCUCUUUCUUAUGUUCAUCAGGAGCUGUCUUCAGACCCAUCAUAUUCCUACGUUCCACUCCUCCCAAACCUGAUUCCUCAUCUUCAGACUUUGCUCAACUUUGUUAUGAACACGCUGCCUAAACCAGUGCUGGUUGCCUUGCUGUACCGAUUGAUAGUGUUGCAGCUGGCUUCGAAGAUCUUGCCAGGUAUCGGUGCUGAUAGUUGGGACAAUGAAGAUGGCAUUGAUAAUGGAUGGGAAGAUCGACCAACGUUGACGUUGACUCGGAUACUCUUGACGUAUCGACAGUUGAUUUUCGUCACUGUACUCUCAUCUCCUCUUGUUGGAUCAUUCAUUCCAAGUAUGGUGGCACUGGAUUAACAUCUUUUUCAUGCUAGUUAUGUGGUCUAUCGAACUACUUGUUAGUACUGAAGACAACACAGUCCAAAAAGAAUGGAAGGUAGAUUGAUGAUUAAAGGUUCCUGUACUUGUUAUGCAUCAGCGUUCCACUCUGCU